CCAUUCUUCUCCUCGCCGCUAACAUGAGCCGCUUCCCCUGACUCGGGCUAUUGUGGAGCGCACAAGUGGCUCACUGAAGAGAGGGGGGCGAGGAAGAAAGGGUGGGGUCAAGGUUCAAGCCAAAGUCUCCCGUCGGGACUCCCUCCGUGUUAUCAAAUUUGUUGAGACACAAAAAGAGCUUCAGUCUCAUUGGAGAGAACAUCUUGAGGGAGAAAGAGAGAGGAGAGGUGAGAGGACCGCGCUCUUUGUCUAGCAGGGGCCCCCGUCUUGUCUUCCAGGCUCCAAGUGCUGCUCUGCUCCGCUGCACCAACCAACUUUUUUUUCCCUUCAGCAAUCUCUGAAACAAAGAUGGAGUCGGCAACCACGGAGCUGUCAGCCCUGUUGACCAAUCAGUCAUCACAAAGCUGUGCGGCAACAGAGUCGACGACAGAGAACGUCCUGUUUGGAAUCUUCUACAUCCUCAUCUUCUUCCUGGCGCUCAACGGCAACAGUCUGGCUCUCUGGAUUUUCUCCCGCCAGCGCGGCACUUCUUCUCCCGCCAAUAUCUUCCUGACUCACCUGGCGGUGGCCGACCUGUCAUACGUCGUUAUCCUGCCCCUGAGGGCCACCUACCACCUCACCGGGGGCCACUGGCCCUUCGGCGAGGUGCCCUGCCGACUGGCGGGCUUCUUGUUUUAUGUCAACAUGUACGCCAGCUUGUACUUCCUGGCCUGCGUGGCGGGGGACCGCUACCUGGCGGUGGUCCAUGCCGUGAGGUCGCUGAAGUUUCGCCGCACUCGCUACGCGCACAUCAUCAGCUUUAGCCUUUGGGCGCUUGUCACCAUCUCCAUGGCGCCCCUGCUGGUGACGCACCAGACGGCGGAGGUGGACGGCACCACGGUGUGUUUGCAGCUUUACCGAGAGAAAGCGUCUCGUAACGCGCUCAUCUCGCUGGCCGUGGCUUUCACACCGCCCUUCCUGGCCACGCUGUCUUGCUACCUGCUCAUCAUCCGCAGUCUUCACCAGGGCUCCAGGUUAGAACCCACGCUCAAGCUGAGGGCGCUACGCACCAUCGGCCUGGUCAUGCUCAUUUACGUGGUGUGCUUCCUGCCCUAUCACGUGAGCCGGGCCACCUUCAUCCUGGGCUACAGCCACCCGGACGUGUCCUGUCAGACCCGCCGAGGCCUCAGUCUGGCCAACCGCCUCACUUCCCUCUUCACCUGCCUCAACGGCGCCAUGGACCCGCUCAUCUACCUGUUCGGGGCCGAGAAAUUUCGAGGGACUCUGAUGCGACUGUUUUGCAAAGACAAGGGAGCAACAUCGGGGGCCACCAGCGGGGAUUUGAAAGGAACCCAUGAGAGUUCUCUGAGUGCCAAAUCGGAAUUUUGAACUUGGGGAAUCUCCAGGGUUGGCACGAUGCUUUGCGAUGCACCUACAUGGGUUCCAAACAGGAACCGGUUGUUCACGAUGAUGCCUUAGCCUGAUCCAAAAGGCCGUUUUCACACUGAACAUUUAUCCACCUGUGCCUUUCACACAGAACCCCAGCAAACUCCUGAUGCAGCUUAGUAAAUAUUACCUUUUCCACAGCCGCCCUCUUGCCCUCUAAAAGCGGCAAAUUUGCCUAUAAAUUUCAACCAUUCCCAUUCCGUGUUGCUUUUCCGUCAUGCUUUUCAUACAGAACCACAGCCCAGAAAAUGACUGACUUUUAAUAGGCUGUGUGGGGAGAGCUUUCGUGCAGUAAUGACCCCAAAAAUGCUUUAUUAUAGUAGAAUAUUUUGUGAUUAUUUUUUAUUGUAUCAAUCCACGUAUACUGUACUAGUUCACCAUGUUACCUUAGCUUAGUUGCUUCGUUUCAUACCUAAAAACAAACAAAAAAAAAGCCACAGCAAAGUUGGAAAUGAGUUUUUUUCAGGCCAAAUACCUGCCUGGAAAGAAAUGGUUGCUAACACUGAUUUUAUACCU